AUGCUCCGCCAGCUCACGCCACUGGCGUCGUCGGCGUCGUCCUCGUCGUGGGUAUCCUCAAUGGUAACCCGCACGCCAAUGCGCCACGUAACCCACGCGUCGGCCGCCACCGUGUCGCUCACCAUCCCCGGUCUGUCGCCCCACGUGCGCCACGACUGGACGAAAGCCGAAGUGCAGAGCAUCUACGACCAGCCGCUGCUCGAACUCGUCUACAAGGCCGCGACGGUCCACCGCAUGCACUUUGACCCGACGGAAGUGCAGCAGUGCACACUGCUGUCGAUCAAAACCGGCGGCUGCACCGAAGACUGCAAGUACUGCUCGCAGUCGUCGCGCUACAAGACGUUUGUCAAGCCCGAGCCAACGAAAAAGGUUGACGAAGUGGUCGAGAUGGCGCGCCGGGCGAAAGCAGCAGGCAGCACGCGGUUCUGCAUGGGCUCUGCGUGGCGCGAAGUGGGCAAGAAGCACGCGUUCCAGCACGUGCUGAACAUGGUGCGGCAGGUCAAGGCCCUGGACCUCGAAGUGUGCUGCACGCUCGGGAUGCUCACGGCAGAACAGGCCGUGGCGCUCAAGGAAGCGGGGCUGUCGGCCUACAACCACAACUUGGACACGAGUCGCGAGCACUAUGCCAAAGUCGUGACGACGCGGACGUACGACGACCGACUUGCAACGAUUGCAAACGUCCGGCGCGCCGGGAUCUCUGUCUGCUGCGGCGGGAUCUUGGGGCUGGGCGAGGACAAGGUGGACCGCAUUGGCCUCUUGCACACGCUGGCGACGAUGGACGAGCACCCCGAGUCCGUGCCGAUCAAUGCCUUGGUGUCCGUCGAAGGCACGCCGCUGUUUGACGACGACGUGGCACCGGUCACGGCGUCCGACAUGGCGCGGAUGAUUGCCACUGCACGCAUUGUCAUGCCCAAGACCAUGGUGCGGCUGAGCGCAGGCCGCAUGUCGUUUACCGACUCGGAGCAGGGCAUGAUGUUCAUGGCCGGUGCCAACUCGAUCUUCAACGGCGACACGCUGCUCACGACGGCCAACCCGGCCUUCGAAAAGGACAAGAUGCUGUUUGAGAGCUUUGGACUCAAGGGCAAGCCGGCGUACCAGGCGCACAAGUCGACGCCUUACAUCGUCAAGGUGACGCAUUCGGCACCCGUGGCGAACGAGGCCGUGGCGAACGAGGCCGUGGCGAACGAGGCCGUGGCUUAA